CCGUUUCUCUCCGACUGCUUUACCUUUUGCUCUCUCUUCUGCUCUUUAGAUCCAAUGAAACCAAGAAAAAUAGCCCCCACAACACCCAAUUCAAACCACCAUCAUCAUUAUCAACAAUUAGUUUAAACGAACUUCAAAUGAAUUAAACACUUUUAGUUUUUUAUAAAUUUAUCUUUUCUUAAUUUCUCAUCCAUUCCUAUCCUCCUCACUCAAUUUCUUAUCUACUCCUCCUCUUCUUCAAAUCCUAACACAUAUAUAUAUAUAUUUUUUUUUAAAUUCGAAAUGGCUACGAGAGGGAGCAGAUCAGAGAAGGUAAAGAGAAUUUUUCAACAAUUCGAUGCAAACCGCGACGGUGGCCUUAACAGAGAAGAAAUGGCUGCUCUAGUGGUGGCCGUAAACCCUAGAGUCAAAUUCAGCGACGAACAAAUCAACGCCAUCCUCGAUGAAGUGUUCCGUACCUAUGGCGAGUUCAUUGACGGUGAAAAAGGCUUAACCUUUGAUGGUCUGUUACGCACCUACGAUGACGGUGCUGGUGACGUGGACAGAGACUUUGAUGCGUUGGGACUGGAGCUGAAUUUAGACGAAAGCAAAGGUGUUUCAAUGGCAUCUGAAGCUUCUUCUUCGUCAAUUGUCGAUGAAAGGGCAAUUGAGUCACAAAAGAUACAGAGAACGGCAGCUUGGGCGGUUUCGCCGAAUCACGGUAUAGUGUUUGAUGACACGUGGAAGAUUGUGGAUGAUUUGGAGAUUUUGGUGAAAAGAUUGAAAGCUAAGCAAGCGAAAGAUGGGAAAUAUAAAGGGGAAAAUUUUGAUGCGUAUUCAGACGCAGGUUGGUCAAGAGAAUUGGGACCUUCAGCUGAAUUAUCAGAGAAAAGGGUAUUUUGGGAAGAGUCGGGACAUGACUACGCAGUUUUUGUUAAGGAAUUGGGGGUGUUGAGAAAUAGAGCAGAUGGGGCUAGGUCGAGAGAGGAAGCUUUUGAUGGGCAUAUGGCCAUUGGUAGGGUUUUGUAUGAGCACCAGUUGUUUAAAGAGGCAUUAGUGAGUUUUAAAAGGGCUUGUGAGUUGCAACCAACGGAUGUUAGGCCACAUUUCAGAGCUGGGAAUUGCUUGUAUGUUCUUGGCAGGUAUAGAGAGGCUAAGGAGGAGUUUUUGUUGGCACUAGAGGCUGCUGAGUCCGGUGGGAAUCAAUGGGCGUACUUGCUCCCUCAGAUUUAUGUCAACCUUGGGAUUGCGCUUGAAGGGGAAGGUAUGGUUUUAAGUGCUUGUGAAUAUUAUAGAGAAGCUGCAAUUCUUUGUCCAACCCAUUUUAGAGCCUUGAAGCUUUUGGGUAGUGCACUUUUUGGGGUGGGAGAGUACAAGGCUGCUGUUAAGGCAUUAGAAGAGGCUAUUUUUAUGAAACCUGACUAUGCUGAUGCACAUUGUGAUUUGGCUUCAGCUUUGCAUGCAAUGGGCGAGGAUGAGAGGGCAAUUGAGGUGUUUCAAAAGGCCAUAGAUUUGAAACCUGGUCAUGUAGAUGCUUUGUAUAAUUUGGGUGGGCUCUAUAUGGACUUGGGUAGGUUUCAGAGAGCUUCUGAGAUGUAUACUAGGGUUUUAGCCGUGUGGCCAAACCAUUGGCGUGCACAACUCAAUAAGGCUGUGUCCUUGUUGGGGGCUGGAGAAACUGAGGAAUCAAAGAAAGCUUUGAAGGAAGCUUUGAAAAUGACAAAUAGGGUUGAAUUGCAUGAUGCCAUAUCGCAUUUAAAGCAGUUACAGAAAAAGAAAACGAAGGGUAAUGGAGGCACGAAUGGGGAAGGGGCUUUUGUUAUCGUAGAACCCUCAAAAUUUAAGACAAUUGGCGAGAGGACUACAGUAAGGCAGGACUUAGCUAGUGCUCUUCAAAUUAGGGCUUUUCAGAAAAUUACUAGGUUGAGCCGUUGUGAUGUGGAACUUCUGAAGAAAGAAAUGAGUGAAAACGAUGUACCAGUGUCUUAUUCUGGAGGUGGUGGUCCUCAGAAAUCCAUACGUAAACCUAACUUGGAGGAAAUUCUUCGCAGGUUUCUUAGUUUCCUAAAACCUGAAACUUUCCAAGGAGCUGUGAAAGCAAUAAAUGAGAGGAUCCUCUCUAUCUUGGAUGUAGUAGGCUCAGGUAGGGUGGACUUAGGCAUGUUUUAUGCUAUUCUUUCUCCCAUUUGCAGCGGUUCUCCAGAAAAGCGAAAACGAGUAGCCUUUGAUGCACUUCGGUGGCGUCCUGUGAAUGAAGGGAGUGCUCAGAUUAAAAAAAUCGAUGCUGUUAGAUACAUUAAAUUACUGAGGGCUAUUUAUGUACCUUCUCAAGGUGUCAGUGAAAUGAUGGAAGUCCAUGGAGAAGCAGAUUCUUCAACAGUGUCUUUCACUGAGUUUCUUGUCAUGUUUGACGAUCCUGAUUGGGGAUUUGGCAUCAUGACUGCUUUGUUGAAGCUUGAAACUGGGGAUAGGAGUCGCCAUGGACGUCAUGCUUGCUCAGUUUGCCGCUACCCAAUUAUUGGUUCUCGGUUCAAGGAGAUGAAAUCUCAUUUUAGUUUAUGUAAUCAUUGCUACAGUGAGGGGAAGGUGCCACCCACUUUUAAGCAGGACGAGUACAAAUUCAAAGAGUACGGAAGUGAGUCUGAGGCAAUGAAAGAUAAGUGUAUGUGCUUUACGUUGCAAUCCCAUAAAGAUCCAUAGCAAGUUGACUGCAAGUCUUUUAUUUUUUUUGUCAAUCGUGUAUUAUUCUGUAUGCUAUUUUAGUUGCUUGGUGUGACAUAUAGAGCUCAUGAAUGUGUUAAGUGUAUGCAUACCCUUGUAUAAUAAAUUCUGUUAACCAAUGGCUCUGAUAUUCUUGUUCA